AUGGCAGAUGACACAUACUACCUAACGGUUCACGAGGCUGCCCUGGCCGUUGUUGCCACGGCAAUGAAGAAGUCCCGACUGAAGCCGCACAUCUUGGUAAUCAACUCGAUCAUUGGGGCCUUUCUCUUUUCUGCCGGAGGAAUGCUGGACCUGAUGGUGCACGCAUUGAAUCCAGGGCUGGUUCAUCAUGGGUUUGUCGGGGUGGUCAGUUUGUUGCAGGGAAGCGUUUACUCGAUUGGUUUGUUUUUCGUCAUUUCCAUGGGUAUGGAACUGUUCAACUCUAACGUGCUAUUUUUUUCUGUUGGGGUGAUGCGAGGGGCAGUGUCUGUGGUAGACCUGCUCACGAGUUGGUUUGUUUCGCUCUGGGUCAACCUAGGUGCCACCAUCUUUGUGGUAUAUUUAUUUUGUCAUGUUUCUGGUAUCACAUCCUCGGGAAUCUAUGUGGAAGAGUCCCGUGCAAUAGCAGAAGACAAGGAGGCCUUCUCUUUCAUGCAGACCUUUUUAAAAGGUGUUGCUGGGAAUUUCUUUGUCUGUCUUGCUGUCUAUUUGCAAAUAAUGGUGAAACCAUUACACGUCAAGCUCAUAAUGAUAUAUCUCCCGAUUUUCACAUUUGUGGCCAUGGGGUUCACCCAUUGCGUGGCCGACAUGUUUCUGGUUCCUGCAGGGCUUUUAAACAAGUGCUCGUUUGGAUGGGGCCGGUAUUUCUGGAAGCUCUUUCUUCCUGCUACGCUGGGGAACAUUGUCGGGGGAUCGUUUUUUGGGGUGGUUAUUCCGUGGUACCUGCAUCUUGUGGUGAUUGAAGAGGACAUGAAACAGCUGCAUCUUCCAGACUAUGAAGAGCGCGACGAGCAGCCGGAGCUGAACAUGGACUCCAGGGUGGUGCGCGCCCCUGGCCACUCGGCCGUUACCUCGCUGAAUAGCACCAUCAACUACAACCCGCCAGACGUGCAACGGUAUGCUCCGUCCAUUACCGAACGCUCGCCUAGCGGAGUGUUCCCUGUCUAUGACAUGGGCGAGCCUCUGGAGCCCGAACGGAGCAUAGCACAGGCAACUGAGGACGGCGCGGGUCUCAGGCUCUCGUUGACCCGCAGCAGCUGGCGUCGUCGCGCUACGCAGACGGACGCAGAAGCACAGUCUGAUACCGCUUCCAGGAGUCAGGAAACCAUUAGAGAUCGUAUUGUCCGCCAUCUGAGCAGAACCACGAGUCGAGACGAUAUGGGCGCAAUGCGCAAGCGACUGUCUGCCGCAGGCAUCACCUCAAAAAUCGCCAGCCAUUCUAAUGAUAUCGCCGGUAUCCACCAAGGCUCUAUAGACGUAUCCUAUCCAGGCCCCACUGCGCCGAGGUUGAGGAGGGUGCCGACGGAGUCAGUCGAUCCAGCAGAUUCGCCCGAGGACAGCUCCAGUACCGACGAGAAAAGAGACGCAAAUUAA